UGACAAGUCAACAAAGCAUAGAAGAAGAACAAGUCAAUGAAGAAUGUGUUAUGGACGAUGUAGUAACCAUGACGGUGCUUUUAGAACGAACUCUUUUAGCAUACAAAAAAGUAUCUUCGCCCGCCUCAAAGAAUGAAAGUAUAGCAAAAUUAAUUUCUGAUAGUUUAAGUGGGAUGAUGGAUGAUAUAAAUAAGAGUCUUAAAGAAAGUGAAGAACAAACAAAUGAUCAAGUAUAUGAGUCUACAAAGAGCCAAAUCAACGUGCCUGAAAUUAUUGAACCUGGACAUGAUACAUAUCAUGAUGAGGGUGAUUUAGAGCCUAUGAUCUUGUAUGGUACAGUUAGUGGUGACCACGAAAGUAUGACAUCAACGGAUAUCACAUCCGGGAUGUCAUC